AGCGAGUUGUCGGGACAGGCAGGGCGGCAACCGAUUGCAACGCUUGGAGUUACUGUUUGGCGGGCCUCGUCUCCACAUGGAUAUGUUUUCCAGCUAACACGGGGAUGAAAAGGAAAACGGCACUUUCAUGGAACCCAGUGGAACAGAGCAAAAUUUCUCCCUGCAAUCGAUAUAAACAUGCUUGCUGCAUCUGUAGGGGGUUCCUUUAUGUUUAUGGUGGCCGGAGAAAUACUAGCUUGAGUGAUUUCUGGAGGUUCAAAAUAGUGAGCGAUGAAUGGGAGAAACUGGACAAUUCAAAUGAUGGCCCAGAAGAACUGGAAGAGCACACAAUGGUGGAUUAUCAGGAUAUCCUGUAUAUCUUUGGUGGAAUGGUGGAUUCAGCUUUCACACAGAAGAUAAAUCCUUUAUGGAUGUAUGACACAGAUGCAACCAAGUGGAUACCCUGCCGGCUCCCAGCAGUAGAGGGUGAGCUUCAAGUUCCUGUUAAUCGGAAGGGCCAUAGUGCAGUAGUCUACAGGGGCAAUAUGUAUAUAUAUGGGGGAUACAUUGACAUUAAAGGUGCUUCCCAAGAAUUCUGGACCUUUAAUUUUGAUACAAAACAAUGGGCCCCUGUAUCAGUUGCAUCCAGUGGAGGUAGCCCGGGUCCCCGACAUGGUCAUUCUGCUGUGGUUUAUAGCAAUGGCAUGUACUUGUUUGGAGGAUUAAUGGGACUGAGCGAACAGAAGGACUUCUGGAUGUGGGAUUUUAUAGCCACCAACUGGUCCAGUAUCAGGAGAAGCCAGGGACCUCCAAGAGUGGUGGGCCAUUCUGCUUUAAUCUUGGAAGAUUCCAUGCUAGUCCUUGGCGGAGGCCUUUCUAGCCCUAAGCCAAGUAGUACUUUGUGGCAAUAUCAUUUUCCAUCUCAAAUGUGGGAAAAAUUGCCUAGCCCAGUGGCACUUGCAUCCAAAGCAUACCAUCAGAUGCUGGCAACUGGAUUUGGUUUCCAACGGGCUGCUGAUUGCCCACUGAGAUCCCUUAGCUGCCGGAAGUCUAAAGAAAAGGGUUGUUCCAAGCUACUGACUCUUUCUAAACAGCACACCUGUUUCUGUGAGCAUCUUCGCGACGAGCCUACAUACCAGAUACUCAACAAUGAGGGUGGCUCCGACAUAGAAAUGAAAACUUUUUGCCAGUCUUCAAGGGAUUCUCUAGGAUUCUCUUCCUAUCAAACCACAUCCAAUGCAGAAUUGAAUUCAGAUCCGGCAGCAGAGUGGCUGUGUAAAGAAAGAACCUCGUAUCUCAACAUUGCCAAGGAACAGGAUUUUGCCACCAUGGAUCUAACAGAUGGAAGGUCAAGCUUGGGCUCGCUGAAAAAUGAAUGUGGAGACAUUUGUGAAUCCUCUGUUGUGAUGCUACUUGUUGGCGGUAGACCUCUUUCCAGCUCCUCUACAAUCUCAUUUUGGCAAAUUGAACUAAACAGAACUUAAAUACCAGACAUGCCUAGGCUCAGUGAAGUCAGCGCCUAGGAAGAACCACUUGACAGUUCUUGGUUGCAAUUGCAUGAAACCUAAAUUCACACUUUUUAUGACCCUGAAAUACAUGGGAAUCCAUAAAACAUCUAGUGAGAAUUUUUUCAGCAGAUGUAGAUGGGGCACUAUGAUUAGGAAGCAGCAACAGCAGCCAUUGGUUGCAUUCAUUUCUUCGUGUGUGUGCGCGCCAUUUCAAAGCCCUUUGCAAAUUGCCUGUAUAAAGGAUACAGUAAAAUAAUUCCCAUGACUAAGCUAGGUAAUCGUAAUUCAGUUCAGUGGCUGCGUUUGCAUGACAGGCUUACAUGCUUAUGCAAGGAAAACUUAAAACUUAACCAUCAUUUAUUCAGCAAACCCAAUAUUCUACAUUUGCACUGCAAACUAAUCUUGUGGAUUCUGAUAUAGUUAGAUUAACAAUUGUUUGGCUACCUAACAGGCUAGCGCAGGUGCUUGCGCUCUCUAUAUUCUUGAGUUUGCAGUUGAAAUGAUAUUUGAACUGUACAGUGUGUGUGUGUGUGUUUGUUGGCAUAUGCUUAGCUGUUGUACUGCACUGUUUAAAAUUGCAUUUUCCUUAAAUAGGAAAUUCAUCAGGCUCCUAUAUUAGCUCCUCCAAUACAAGUUAAAGUGCCAGAGCCGUAUAAUUUUAUAGAUCUAUAAGAGUCAUUGUGUCUGUUCGCACACAGUUCAGACAAUCUUAAUUCAUAUGAAAUAAGGUUCUCCAGUUGUGGCUUUUUCUGACCCUGCUACCUAGAGUAGCAGCAUGCAGGCAAUUACUUAUACAUUACAGCACUCUCCCUUCAUGAAUAUGUAAUGGAUGACAUCAGAUUAUUAGUAUAUCUUUUCGAUACACUAUCCUCUUAUCAUGUCCCUUACUAGGCAUGCAACCACUGUUCUGGAAAACGUAAGCACAACUGGGCCUUACAUAUGUCACAUAGAAAUAAUUUGAUGUCCUUUUUUUUCUUGUGAAAUUCACAUUACCAAGAAUGCCUAGACAUGUUUGUUUCCAAAAUCACAGCCGAAGGAUUUUGGCAAACAGCCAACUAUAUAGUGAAGUUUGGCAUUGAGAGUGAAACAUGGAUUGUCAACUUUUCAGUCCAGGGAGAGGCAGUUUGUGCAGCAUAGAAAGGGGAAAAUGAUUUUCAGCUGGCCUAGUAUUUUACUGAUUUAAUGUUACCAGUUUGACAUAAAAAUCCACACUGGGUUGACCCCCUCUCUGUGUCAUUUCAUAGACAUGUCCAUGUAGUUUCUGUGACAAGAGUAUAAAAGAGUUUUGUCACCAUUUUUCUUCUUUUUGAACUAGCUCUGGGAUUUUUCUGGUAGCCUCUUAUCCAGAUUCACUCUGGAAAUUUGGAAAUCAGCAAAACCAUUUAAGCAUUUGUUCCUUUUUAUUUUUAUUUUGCACCAUCAACAGCCCUGUCGGAAGUGAUUUUGCUAAUAGUCAUUCAACUACAGUCUAUAUGAAAUAUGUUACACAGUGGGAAAAUGAUCCCCUGAAGUUACCCUUUCUUAAUUUUUGAGAGAAGAAAAAAUCACAAAGUAUACAGCAUCAGGAAAAGCCUGAAUGGUGCCUUUUUGAUAAUUUCCUCUUAAGCAAAUGUCUGUUUUAUAUGCUACAAAAAUAGUUACAUGAAUUAUAUUUUUAUACUGCACGAAUUCUUAUACUAAAACUAAAUUAUAUUAGCUUAAUUUUGUAUCUAUGUUAUUCACUGUUCUUUUACUUUGUUAAAAGUAUGUAUUUCUGAUUUUGUAAUGGUGGCAUAUUGAGAGAAAAAAAGCCAAAAAUGUAUGCUCGCUGAAUGAUUUGCAGCUUGGCUGGAGAAGACUGAACACUUGACAUGUUGUAAGACAUAUUUCCUGUAGCUUUACAGCUGGGAAACAAGAUGAGUGGUUGAUUCUUUAUUUGUAUGCUGAUUGGUAUGCUCAUUAGGGAUGAAAAGUCAAAUAUUCUGCCUUCCUUUUCUCUCCUUAUUGCAACUAUUUUUAACAUUCACUUAGGUUAUCACCAGGAAGUAGAAAUGUAGGGUCACUUCUGCUGCGAAAAGCAGGAUAUUACUCCAAACCAGGAUAUCCUUAAGGAAGCAGAGGAUUUUGUCAGCAUUCUGAAAUACGUGGAUCAGCAGUCCCUAAUGCUAGCGCAUUGUUCUGCUAGAAGAAAAACACUUAAGCAGACAUUUUGUACAAUUGUGUUGUAUUUAGAAAUAAGCUACAACUUUCUGAUUGAUUCCAAGUGGUCUACAAAUCACAGUUGUUGUUCCCUUAUACAGUGUUUAGCGCAAUCAUUCUAGCAUAAUUUUUACAUCUGGCAUUACUUAUCACACACACACACACGUGCGCACACACAAAUACUUAAAAAAAUAAGUUAUACUUUGAGCAACUACAUCAUUUAAAAAGAUACAAAUACAGUAGUUAGUCUGAGCUUUUUCUUUAAAAAAAAUCAAAAUAGAAGUUCUUACAUACUUCAUAGUAAAUUUGUCCAAUUAAGGGAGAACAUGUGAAAACAAAGGAAUCUGUAAUCAAAACAUUAAUCACAUUAGGAAUGUUAUGGCAGAAUGCUCUGUAGUCACUCCACAUGCAUUCUGUUUCACAGAGAACGGGUGAACAUUUUGCUCCAAGAGGAAUGUUAAUGAUUAGCGUUAAUAAGAGAAGUCAAACUGUUCCGCCUCAAUAAUCACAGAAACUUUAGUUACGGAGCAACAAGGUGGAGCAACAAGGCGUGUUCCACUUGAGGCAUCUUUGCCCAGAGACACAAGUACUGUAGCGUGUGACAUGUGAAGAAAUACAGACAAAUCUGAAUGACUUUCGGCUUUAUGCAUGUUGCAGGCAAAUUGGAUUUGUAGGAAUAACUUCAUAAUUACCUUACUGUAAGCUGGAAGAAAGGCUUCAGCAGUCAAACAGGAUUGUUGUUAGAAAUACAAACUAACUUAAGCAUCUGUGGACAGCUUGAUAGUGAACAGUAAAUAAACGCAAAUUGCAAUUUUGCAUUCAUUAGUCAAAGCAAAAGAAUCUGCUGUUUUGGUCCAUUUUAAUCAAUCACAAGAGAUGCUAAGGCAGUUUCCAGAUGCCCCACUAGAGACCUGAAGCCUGCAGUGGAGGGUAUUCUAUUGAUGAAAGGCUUUACAAUUCUUUGUGUGAUAGCUGUAAUUUCAUGUCUUUGUACAUAUCUGCCAAGAAGACUUUACCCACUGAUAAAUGUGGUGCCAAUAAUAAUAGUAUUCCAUUUUCCAUACCACAUUACAGUUUACUUUUUUUUUUUUUAAAAAAAUGAAAAUAGGUUACGUGUUUUGGAAAAUUCUGUCAGUUAAAUGAGUAAGGAUCAAGUCAGUAAAUAUAUUGCCAAACGAGGCAGUGAUAUUGUAAUGCAAGAGCAAUUCCUAACUUAAUUUCUUUCGUUUUUGUCACAGCUGUGGUAAAAUAGGUCAGUAAAAUAAAAUGACAACAGCC